AUGCUGGACGUAAAAUAUCUGCCUACACUAUUGUGCCACAUCGAGGAGAACUGCCUCAUAUGGAAAGAGGACACAUUCACUGAUGGACAGCAUCGCCAGCUGAACGAGCAGAUCAAGCUGUGGCUGUCUGUCGUUCAGUCUGACCUGGACAACCAGUCCAUUUUGAUGCUGGAGACACUUGUCAUCGUGGUGUGCACUCAAGCAAAAUUGGUCGACAAAGCCUUGGCCAUACCCGAUGCCAAAAAAGUGGCUACGACUUUACAAAUCCCAGGAUUUCAAGACAUGUUUAAGGAAGAGAUUAGGAGUGGGGAUCUGAGAAAGACACGCAGUUUGCGCAUGUUUUGCAAGAGACCUGUGUAUGCAGACAUUAUUCUCUCAUGGGAGCAGCCGUUUGAGCGAUCAUCAGAUGCCAUUCUCAAGUUGGCCAUGCAGUACUGGCUGUCGGACCUGCGACAUCAUUACAAUGCAUACGUGCGCUGCACUACCAUUGUCCAGUCUUCUGGUACCAGGAAGUCAAGGAUGAAUGACCAGUUAGCAAAACAAGUACUCUACAUUCCCAUGGUGCUCACCAAUUGGCCUGACUGUGUGUCCCUUUCCUGA